UUUUCCUACCAAACAACCAAAAUCUCUCUUGCAGGAUCCAGUGGAUGGGUGAUACCAUCACCAUGGCUGACCCAAACAAUAAUAAUAGUAAUAACGAGUGGCUCCAUUUCUAUCAACAAAACUUCCAAGCUGAAGUGCUCCCGGCCGACGCUACAGCCGUCACAACCACCGGAACGCCCACGCAGGCCCAGUUAAGCCCAGAAGGCCGAGUCUCCAAGCCCAUCAGACGCCGUUCCCGGGCUUCCAGGCGAACUCCCACCACUUUGCUCAACACCGACACCACAAAUUUUCGGGCCAUGGUGCAACAAUUCACCGGAGGUCCAACCGCACCAUCUACGCCUACUUUGCCUAACAUGGCUUUCGGUUUUGGGUCGCGUCCUCUUCCCGUGAACCCAAGUGGGCUUAUGUUAGCCCCUUCUCUUGAGCAUCAACAGCUGUAUCAAAACCAGCAUCCCACCUAUGGAGAAGGUGGAGACAACACGUUUUUUCAGAGACUAAGCAACCCAACGCCUCCAAAUGUUACUCAACAGGGUGGGCUAUUCAUGGAUCAUGGAGGGCGUUUUUUCCCAACUACUUCUUCUUGAUUCUGCUCCCUCCCUUCCAAUACGAACGGGGUUAGGUUAGGCGCAGGCCCAGAUUGAGAGUGACAUAAAGCAGAUAAUUAGGUGCUAACUUGUUGACCAACCUAUGUGAAAUACUAUAUUUCUAGUAUACUUUUUCAGCUCUUUUUUUUUUUUUUUUAUCUUUUUGGGGUUUCCUUGUCGAGCUAUGCCUUUUUUUUAUCUUUUUUUUUUUAUCUAUGUAUUUGUUUUUUAAUUUGAAUUGAGAAUUUAAGUUCAAUUAUGUUGGAUCCGGUAUGUGGGUUACAACUUACAAGGCAUGGCUACACUUUGUUUGUCUUACAAAUUGUUUUACGUAUGUUGACUUGCUUCGUACCUCUGUGGUUUGUGUCAGCAUGUCCCUUUGUGAUGUAGAAUGUGGAAACAGCCCUCAUUAUAAUUUUACCAACUCCAUAGUGCGGGAGGAAUAAUAAGCCGUCGGGUAGGAAGACUCAGUUUCCAUUUUCCUUCCCCAAAGCUAUUCAAAGUAGUAUCAACGUCUACUCUAGCUACCCAUCCAAUUAUCCAAGUACAA